AAAAAUAUAUCUUCACCGGCGAUAUACAAGUUAUUCAUACCUAUUUUCACACAAACCCACGCAAGCACAAUAAUAUGUUUUAGUAGGAGAUACUCUCAUUGAAACGAAAUGUCGUGUUGUUGGUUAGGCAGUGAUAGCUUUGCUGGGUCCGUGUGAAAAAAGGAUAUAAUAUAAUUGUCAAAUUUAAAGGUGACUGUGGACGUUAUCCAAUCCGCAAAUGAAACUAAACUUUUUUAACAUAUGUAAAGUUUGAUAAAACAUAUGGAAUCUGAAUUGUCAGCAGAUGAAGAAAGAAAUGCACCACCGUUGCCGAUAAAAACAUAUCAAUGGGAGGAUCUGCGAAGAGCUCGUGAGGCCGGAGGUUAUCCUUGGACUCAUCUACUGAAAGUCCCUCUCGAAGGUGAAAUAACUGCAGACGAUAUAAUAAGGUCAACCACACCGAGAAGAAGUAUGUCUCGGGAGUUUUCGAAAUCUCGGACUCAUUCUCCUGAAGACCAUGACAUGCAAAAGAUUCUUAAUCUCGAUUCAUCCCCCGGAAGCAGUAGGAAACACGAUGAAGAAGGAAAAGAUGAAGGAGUUCAUAUACCAAAUUUCUCAAAAGAAAUAUCUUUAGAUUUAGAAGAUGAUACUUUGAAUCAAACCGCACCUAAACCUCCUGUACAUUUAGUAACGCCUGUAGAAGUACCGAAAAAUAUUUCGCCAAAAAGUAUACUCAAGCGUCGUGCUCCCGAACAACAAUAUAUAGGCCUUAGUGAAACACGAGAGAAAACGAAAUGUUGUCACCCAUUGGUUAAUAAAAUAAAACAUCUAGCGGAUAGAACAUUGCAUAAGUUAGAAAAAAGUGAAAAUGAAAAAUCACCAUCGUCAAAACGAAAGAAAAAUCACGAUGUUCAAGAAAUACGCCAAUUAAAAAGUUCUCCAGGCGCAGUACGUCGACAAAAAUUUAGUGCAAUAAAAUUGGGAGACUCUGAUGAAGUAAGUAAAACAAUAAGUGCAGAUACACCACCACCUAGAAAGAAAAAAGAACACAUUUACGAGGAUAUAGAUGAAUCAAAAGGGCAUGACACUGAAAAUAUUGCAACUUCCAGUCCUGACACUCAAAAUAAUUUUGUAGAAGAGCACAGUAAGGAUGAUUCUAAUGGAGAAAAAAAAUCUAAUGCGUCUUGUGAUCCGAGUUUAGUAGCUGAAGAUACUCAAUCGCUCAAAAACGAAGAACAUAUUAUGGAGAAAUUACAUAAAAAAAUGGACAUAGACAGUGAUGCAGUAUCAGAGGGCGGAAGUGAAACAGGUGAACCUAGAGUUGAAGAAGAACCACAAAAUAAAAGUAAUGUGGCUCGUCCAAAUCAAGAUUCAUAUAAUAUUACCAUAACCGAAAUUACUGACGAUGAAUCUGCAAACAAUAUGGAACAGUCUUCUACAAUACCAAUAGAAGCCUCCCCAAGCCCUAGCCCUAGAGAAAUAGAACGUAAACGCAAAGACGAGUUUCAAGACAACGAUUGGUCUAAACCGAGCAGUGAUCACGAAUAUGAAAUCAUCGAAAAGCCACCUCCAAAUAUUAUUUACACAGCACCAAGCGUAGACGAAAAACCCACAAUGGUAAAAACUGAUGAUGAAUUAUCGAGUACCACGUCGUUGGAAAGGAAAUAUUUACAACAUACGUCUGAUGAAGAAGAACCCAUAGAUGACAAAGAAAAUUAUAUUGAAGAGAAAACUGAAAAUGUCCUAAGCGCAGAGGCGUUACAAAAAGACAUCGAAGACAGAUUCUUUGUGAAUACACCAUCAACGGUAUCAAGGACGGAAUGCGAAGUUAGCACAAGCCAAGUCGAUUCCUCCGCUUUGGAAAAUUUACCAUUGAAGCGUGACAGUCGAACGAAAAAUGGAGAAAGAGUGGAUAAUAAAUUACAGCAACGUUUUAAGGAGAGCACGGGUAAAAUAAAAACGCAAGCGGGCAAAUUAAAGACAAAAAUAAACAACUUUAAAAUGCCGGAAAGACCUAAAUUUAAAAUGCCUGAAAGACCCAAAUUUUCAAUGCCUGAUAAAAGUAAAUUUAGUUUACCGGAUAGACCACGAAUGAAAAAUUUCAAUAUACGUGAGAAAUUGUCAUUAGGAGACCGAAGAAAAUUUUCAUUACCAGAAAGACCCAAAUUUAAUGUACCAGAUUUUCCUAAAUUCAGAAUGCCUGAAAGACCUAAAAUUAAUUUUCCUAGCCUUGGCAGGAAAAAGGAUCAAAAAAUGGAAAACGAUAUAACUGAAUCUAGUUCCGAUUUACAAAAUACGGCCACAGUUGAGUUUGAAGCAAAAACAUACCCAAGGCUGUUUUCGAAGAAAAAGAAAACCCCUUUACCAAAAACUUCUUCAUCGCCUACUUUAAAUAGGGAAGAUACACCUCCACCUACGUUCACCUUUACACGUGUAAAAAAAACUGGCAAUGAAUCGACUUACCAUCCAAAUGAUUCGGAGCAACCACGUGAAUAUGGUAAUAUCGAUGAAGACGACAACUUUGUUAGUGAAGAAGGAGGUGGAAAACAAUUUGAGGCUACUUAUGAUUUCGAUAAAGUUCCCGCAUAUCUUGAUGAAGAUACUGAUUUCAAAGAAGCGUCAAAUUCACCUUCUAUGUCUGCCCUAUCGCCCAUAAACCAAGAAUACACGCACAUUAACGAAAUAAAUAAUGACGAAUUUUUUGUUCGACCGAGAGGAAUAUCUCGGGAAAAUAUACAAGUAAGAGAGUACUUAAGUGACGAAAUACGACAGGCAUUUCAAACACCUAAAAAUGUACUUGUUACUAUGGGAAACGACUCAACGACGAAAGGUGACGAACAUAUGUAUGCAAAUGAUAUAGACAUUGAUAACGAUCUGAUCGAUGAUAAUGAAAACAUGAAAUAUUCAACAGAAGAUAUAAACGAAAGAGAUGACGGUUAUUAUACUUUCCCUCCUGUUCGACCUUCUAGAGCUAAACGAAAGAAAAAAGAAACUGAAUCAAUUAAGUACAUAGAUGACAGUGUGACAGCGAGUAUGCAAUUCAGCGAAGUAGAUUUAGGAAUGUCCGAAGAUCAAUUAGACAAUCAAAUGACAAAUGAAGAAAUGAUGGACGACGGUUUAGAGGAAAGUCACGAAUUCAUACAAUAUCCCUCAACUGAUUUACGUUCCAUACACGAAUAUGCAAACGAUGACCCUAUAGAAUAUUCUGAACAACCUGUUCAGGCACAAACCCUUCCAAUGCCACCAAAAAGAAAAAAGAAAUUUGGUAAACAGGACCAACAGCACUCCUCCUUGUCUGAUUUUAAAAGGAUAAGUGCAUCUGGAAAAUUAGAGGAACUCAGUGAAGACAUAAUUGUUUAUCGAACUGAACACGAAUACACGAUUCCCCUGGCUGAAACGACCACUGAUCCGAGCCCAGCGCCACCCCGUAGAACUCGAUCUAGAAGCUCACGUGAACCAUCUUUGUACGAUGAUGACCGUACAUCACGAGGCGCUGAGUCACUCACCCUUGAUACUAACCUUCCCCCAGCGGACGAUAUUUCUAUAGAGAGAGAAAGUCGCCACGAAAGUCCUGGAUACGCAACUGUGGAUAAAGGUAUUAGUCCACCAACAAAAGCUGCCAGGAGAUCAAAGAGUAAAACACCACCUGUACGACGCCGUAAAAGUAAUAGUUCUGAACGAAAGUAUUAUACAGUUGGUGGAGGUAAAAAAGUUGCACCAGAUCGCCCGCCUAGAAAGAAAUCUUCAGCUAGCCUUAUGACUUUAGACAGUUUCGCCAAAAGGUCAAUUAGCGGCGAUUUUACUCAGUAUGUUGAAAUUGAUGAACCACAAACUGAAGAUGCCCACAAAGAUUUAAAGUCUGGAGAAAUUUUGAGUAAGAUGAAGGACAGGCCAUUACCACCACCACCUCGGCCACCAAGAGAUCCAAAGAGAAAGAAAAAAUCUAUGGACGACACAGAUGAAAGUCAGGAAAUACAGACGUCCACUUUAUUAAAAACAUCAUCUCCCUACGUUUCAAGUGAAUUUCAACCUAGUAACGUAGUAGAAAUUGAAGUUUCAACUCAAACAGAUCCUUUACCUGAAGACGUCGAUUUUGAUCUGGAUGAAAAUUUAAACAUAUCCAUGUCAAGUUCGUUGAGAGAUCUUGUUAAUGAAGAUUCUAUAAUGGGUAAAAGCUCUGACAAAGCUACUGAUGGUCAUGGAACUAGACCGACUUCGAGAUCAGAAAAAUCGUUAAGAUUAUCAGAUCCAAAAAUAUCCGAUUUAUCAAAGCCAAGUGGUAUUGGCCGCACCUCACCUACUGUAAUUUUAGUUGAAAAGCGUGUUUCAAGUCCUACAAGAAUAAACGAACGCGACGAGGUAUUGACAGAAGCGUCUUUAACAGUGCAGCCCAUAGACAUCGACGAGGAACAAAUACCUGAAGUACCGCCCUUACCUAAAUCCAGAGGUCCAGCAGGAACUGUGCCUCAAGCUGCUAAAGAAAUUCCGACAACGGAUCGUGCCCUUGAACGGGUAUCUGACGUCGGUAGAGAUAUUCAGUUGGAUAACUUGGUGACGCAGCGCUUACAAGUUAGAGAUUUAGAUGUCGGUAGAUUGAACGUUUCAGAACUCCAAGCAAGUAAAAUACUUGUUUCAGACAUAGAAGGUAUGACGCUACAUGUUAACGAAUUAGAUUCAAAAUCAGGUCAUAUCUCAGUAAGUGGAAUAGAGUUUUCCCAGUCAGUAAUUGACGAAAUAGCAAAGAAAUUUGCUGAAAUAUCUACGGUAAGUGCUCCUCAAUCUACCGUCGAAUCACAACCACAAGAUGUACCAAUCUUACCAAAACCAGAAAAUAAAGAAGAGGAGACACAAACUGAAACUUCACAAACUGAGAUAAAAGAGGAAAUAAAAAUGGCUGUUGACCAUACUGAACCUUUAUCACAACAAGCCCCACCGACUCAUAGCCCAACACCUAUGGUAGAAGAAAGCAUUCCACCCCUAAGACCUCCUCCACCUGAUUUAACGCCACUUCUAUACUCGUACUUGCAAGAUAUUGCCUCUCCACCGCCGUCCCUUUACUUCCCCCCAAGAGUUAGAGAGCCCUCAUUUUCUGAACUACAGGAACCUCAUCAUUCAACACCAGCACCACCAGUACGCAGAGCAAAAAGAAAGCCAGCUGCGGCCCACAGUGAAUCCAGUUCAGACGACGGGAGACCGCGGCCUUCGCCUCGGCGAAUGCCUGUCCCGGUCAGAACUCCCGAGCCAACCAUAAAAGAGGCCGGCGCUCAAUUCAUUCGAGUUUGUCACAAUUCAAUAAGUAGAGCAGUAAGGAAUGUAUUUAACUCUUUCAUGUCCUACGUAAGUGGUGUACAAGACAAGAGAGAUGUUCAAAUGGCAAUGGUAAUUUGUCUAGUACUAGUUGCUGGCUUAAUCAUGUUCGGUUUAAGCGAUAGUAGAACGGUACACCAUCAUCAUUGGGAAUUUUUCAAUCCUCCCGAUAUACCACAGUAAAUGUCAUAUUCUUGUUACCCUGGAUUUUUUGUAAAGAUUGGUUAUUUUCAAAUUAUAAAACAAAAGUAAAGAAGCAUUUCAGCAAAACCAAACUUUCCAGUAUGACUUAAUUUGUAGUUUAAUGAAAUCGUAGAUAUAAGUAUCUGUCUUUAUUUAUUUUGAAUUUCUAUGUAAGGAUGGUUGUGUAUAACUGUACUAGAGUCGUGGUUUUUAUUUAAAUCGAUCAGGAUUGUUUAAUUAUUGGCGAUUUUAAUGUUUUGGCGCACAAUUUAGAUGCACCGUUCCCAUUUAAUUCACGACACAAUAGCCUCAAACUCUAAGCUAACAUGAAUUGACUAUUGUACGAAAAACCAAAAUCUUGUAGGAAAUGUCUAUAAUUUGUCAUAUGUUGUAAUUAUUGUGUUAAAUUAAUAUUGUGUUUAUCAAAUGGUUAUUACGCUAUUGAGUGUCCCGAGUCGUCGUUGUAAUCCUAUCAAAUCAAAAUUUACAAUCGGCUAAGCGAAGAUAAGUUGAAAAAUUUAUGCCAUAAACGACAAAACGAAGAACCUAUUCGAAAAUUUAAAUAUUGAUAUAAUUUUAUAAUUUUUUGCCAUUUUUGUAGAUGAUAAAGUAAAACUAAUGUUAACUAGUUGUAAUAAUAUCAAAUUAUUUAUUAACCGCACAAUAUUCAUGUAGGUGUGGUCCAAUGUUAUGCAUUUUGUAAAUUUUGUUUUGUUGUGUAAACUCUAAUAAAGGUUGUUAACAUGA